GUAAGAGAGGGAAAGAGUGGAAGAGGUAAGAGAGGGGGAGAGGGGAGCUGAGAGAGGAGUAAAGGGGUAAGAGAGAAGAGCCAAGAGGUACGAGAGAGGUUAAGAGGUAAGAGAGAAAAGCUAAGAGAGAGGUUUAAGAGAGAAAAGCUAAGGGAGCAAAGUUCUUGUUACAAUCCAAUAUAUCUUUUUCUAUAGUGAACAAUCUAAUUCCCAGUAACCAAUCACUAUGAGAUACACCCACUAAAGAUUUUACAUACAGUGUUGCAUUUGAGGCUCUACAAGCUUUACAAGUUCUUCCCUUGCUUCUUGACCUUUGGGCUUUCUGUCAGCAGAAGGACAUUGUUUUAUCAGCAGGGAUUCUCCUUUAGCUGGCUAGGCUAUUGUUCUUUGGUCAUAUAGUAACCAGUACUCUGUAUCUUAUGACUCAAAGCAGGCUUUCAUUUCUACUUCGAUUCUAGCCUUCUUUUUUCAGGAUCUUCUGCCAAACCAUCACAUUCAUAAGGUUUCCCUGUUUCACCCUCCCCAACAGGCAGCAAGUUGUGCUGCGCUCUGAUAAUUCCAUACUCAACCUGUUCCUCAUUUCUUAAAGGUUCACUUCAGCCUUGAAUCAGCAGGUCCCUAGGUUUGGUUUUUUAGGAUGCCAUUCCUGUUAGAUUUUCCCCUGUGAAGACCUGAGUAUGUCCAGUUUGACCUCCAGGAUAAUGAAGGGAGAGGAGCUCCCGUUGAUUCAAGAGUGAAGCAAGGCCUCCAUUCUUGGCCUGGGGCUGUUUCAAAUGGGGAGGGAUCAAUGUCCUGACUUCUCUCUCUCAGAGGCAGGGUUCCUGGGCGAGGUGACCCAGGACAGCUUCGUGCUGGGCCCGGGCUACGACCGCCCCUAGCAGCUGGAGCCCGCGGUGAGGGAGCCCAAGAGCAUCCAGCUGUACCAGCACCUCAGCCUCAAGAGCUGCAUCUGGACCUUCGACGCUUAUUACGACAUGACCGAGUUAAUUGAUGUCUGUGGGGGCUCUGUCACCGCUGACUUCCAGGUAAGGGACUCUGCCCAGUCCUUCCUGACAGUCCACGUCCCUCUCUCCGUGUCCUACAUCUGUGUGACGGCACCGAGGGGCUGGGCUUCCCUGGAGCACCGCACCGAGAUGGAGUUCUCCUUCUUCUACGACACCGUUCUCUGGAGGACAGGGAUCCAGACGGACAGCGUGCUCUUGGCCCGCCUGCAGAUAAUCCCCAUCUACACCCGCGAGGACGGACAGCUGGUCAGCGAGUUCAGGACGCAGGCCAAGUUCAGAGCGCUGUUUGUCACGGAGCACCACAGCCUGCCAGAUGUCAGGUCCUCUUUGAGAACUCCAGAGCACCUGGGAGGCAUCGAAUUUGACCUGCAGCUGCUGUGGAGUGCUCAGACUUUUGAUUCUCCCUACCAGCUCUGGAGAGCAACCAGCUCCUACAACAGGAAGGAUUACUCUGGAGAAUACACCAUGUUCCUGAUCCCCUGCACGGUGCAGCCCACGCAGCCGUGGGCAGAGCCUGGAGCCAAGCCCCUGCCCUGCACGGCUCACGCUCCCGAGCGGUUUUUGAUCCUGAUCACCUUCCAGCAGACAAGCCGCCCAGUUCCAGUUGUUUACUCCCUGAACACAGAGUUUCAGAUCUGUAACGACGAGAAGGUUUUUCUAAUGGACCCCACCAAAUCGGAAAGGUCUCUGGCAGAAAUGGAUUACAAGGGGACUUUUUCCAAGGGGCAGAUCCUGUACGGGCACGUGCUCUGGCACCCGGAACAAAACCUCAACGCUGCUUACAAGCUGCAGCUGGAGAAGGUCAACCUGUGCACAGGCAGGGAUGGCUACGUGCCCUUCCUCGACCCCACGGGUACCGUCUACAACGAGGGGCCCCGGUACGGCUGCAUCCAGCCCAACAAGUACCUGAAACACCGAUUCCUCCUCCUGGACCGAAACCAGCCAGAAGUGAGGGAUAAGUAUUUCCACGAUGUGCCUUUUGACGCCCACUUUGCUUCCCAGCUGUCCGAGUUCCACUUGGUGAGCUGGACACCCACGGCCCACAGCUGGCUCCGGGCUGCUUGUUGGCCGUCACUGUGGCCAGCAAAACCUCUGUGACCCUCUUCUGACAGCACCUCGCUUACACGGUUGGGAACUGAGACACCGCCUCUCUUCCAAGAGGAUUGCACUCACUUCUAACUGCAGGGAUGGGAUGCAUCUGCCUGGGGGUCAGGGAGACUCCCUGACUCCCUGUCUCCUGAUC